CAGGGCGGGCUCGGUCCCUGAGGUGCGGGAGGUUGCCGGCGCAAGCAGUCGGAGCGCGCGGCUGCAGCGGCGGAGCCCGAACAGGAGCAAGAGCCCGAGCCCGAGCCCGAGCCCGAGCAGGAGCGGCGGCGGAUCGCAGCCCGGGGGGCCCGCCGCAGCCAUGGGCAACCGCGGCAUGGAGGACCUGAUCCCGCUGGUCAACCGGUUGCAGGACGCCUUCUCUGCCAUCGGCCAGAACGCCGACCUCGACCUGCCGCAGAUCGCCGUGGUGGGCGGCCAGAGCGCGGGCAAGAGCUCGGUGCUGGAGAAUUUCGUGGGCAGGGACUUCCUGCCCCGAGGAUCUGGCAUUGUCACCCGACGUCCCCUGGUCCUGCAGCUGGUCAAUGCUACUACAGAAUAUGCCGAGUUCCUACACUGCAAGGGGAAGAAAUUCACCGACUUUGAAGAGGUGCGCUUGGAGAUUGAGGCUGAGACCGACCGGGUGACCGGCACCAACAAGGGCAUUUCGCCGGUGCCCAUCAACCUCCGCGUCUACUCGCCGCACGUGCUGAACCUGACACUCGUGGACCUGCCCGGGAUGACCAAGGUCCCGGUGGGGGACCAGCCUGCCGACAUUGAGUUCCAGAUCCGGGACAUGCUGAUGCAGUUUGUCACCAAGGAGAAUUGCCUCAUCCUGGCUGUGUCCCCGGCCAACUCUGACCUGGCCAACUCUGAUGCCCUCAAGAUCGCCAAGGAGGUGGACCCCCAGGGUCAGCGCACCAUAGGGGUCAUCACCAAGCUGGACCUGAUGGAUGAGGGCACAGAUGCCCGCGAUGUGCUGGAGAAUAAGCUGCUCCCCCUGCGCAGAGGAUACAUUGGGGUGGUGAACAGGAGCCAGAAAGACAUCGAUGGUAAAAAGGACAUCACAGCUGCUUUGGCCGCCGAACGCAAGUUCUUCCUCUCGCAUCCAUCCUACCGCCACUUAGCUGACCGCAUGGGCACGCCCUACCUGCAGAAAGUCCUCAACCAGCAACUGACCAACCACAUCCGGGACACACUACCAGGGCUGCGGAAUAAGCUACAGAGCCAGCUGCUGUCCAUCGAGAAGGAAGUGGAUGAGUACAAGAACUUCCGCCCUGAUGACCCAGCACGCAAGACCAAGGCCCUGCUGCAGAUGGUCCAGCAGUUUGCUGUGGAUUUUGAGAAGCGCAUUGAGGGCUCAGGGGAUCAGAUUGACACCUAUGAAUUGUCAGGGGGAGCCCGCAUCAACCGGAUCUUCCACGAGCGCUUCCCCUUUGAGCUGGUCAAGAUGGAGUUUGAUGAGAAGGAGCUCCGAAGAGAGAUCAGCUAUGCCAUCAAGAAUAUCCAUGGCAUUAGGACGGGCCUCUUCACACCUGACCUCGCUUUUGAAGCCACAGUGAAAAAGCAGGUGCAGAAGCUCAAAGAGCCCAGUAUCAAGUGUGUGGAUAUGGUAGUCAGUGAGCUCACGACCACCAUCAGAAAGUGUAGCGAAAAGCUCCAGCAGUACCCACGGCUGCGGGAGGAGAUGGAGCGCAUUGUGACCACCCAUAUUCGAGAGCGUGAGGGCCGAACCAAGGAACAGGUUAUGCUCCUCAUAGAUAUUGAGCUGGCUUACAUGAAUACCAACCACGAGGACUUCAUAGGCUUUGCCAAUGCUCAGCAGCGGAGCAACCAGAUGAGCAAGAAGAAGACUUCAGGGAACCAGGAUGAGAUUCUGGUCAUCCGAAAGGGCUGGUUGACCAUCAACAACAUUGGCAUCAUGAAAGGGGGCUCCAAGGAGUACUGGUUUGUGCUAACGGCUGAGAAUCUGUCCUGGUACAAGGAUGAUGAGGAGAAAGAGAAGAAAUACAUGCUGUCUGUGGAUAACCUGAAGCUGCGGGAUGUGGAGAAGGGUUUCAUGUCAAGCAAGCACAUCUUUGCCCUCUUCAACACCGAGCAGAGGAAUGUCUACAAGGAUUACCGGCAGCUAGAACUGGCCUGUGAGACCCAGGAGGAGGUGGAUAGCUGGAAGGCCUCCUUCCUGAGGGCUGGAGUAUACCCAGAGCGUGUUGGUGACAAGGAGAAAGCCAGCGAGACGGAAGAAAAUGGCUCAGACAGCUUCAUGCACUCCAUGGACCCACAGCUGGAGCGGCAGGUGGAGACCAUCCGGAACCUAGUAGACUCAUACAUGGCCAUCGUCAACAAGACUGUGCGGGACCUCAUGCCCAAGACAAUCAUGCACCUCAUGAUCAACAAUACCAAGGAAUUCAUCUUCUCGGAGCUGCUGGCUAACCUGUACUCCUGUGGGGACCAAAACACACUUAUGGAGGAGUCGGCUGAGCAGGCACAGCGGCGUGAUGAAAUGCUGCGGAUGUACCACGCACUGAAGGAGGCGCUCAGUAUCAUCGGUGACAUCAAUACGACCACCGUCAGCACGCCCAUGCCCCCGCCCGUGGACGACUCCUGGCUGCAGGUGCAGAGCGUACCGGCCGGACGCAGGUCGCCCACGUCCAGCCCCACGCCGCAGCGCCGAGCCCCCGCCGUGCCCCCAGCCCGGCCCGGGUCGCGGGGCCCUGCUCCUGGGCCUCCGCCUGCUGGGUCCGCCCUGGGGGGGGCGCCCCCCGUGCCCUCCAGGCCGGGGGCUUCCCCUGACCCCUUCGGUCCUCCCCCCCAGGUGCCCUCGCGCCCCAACCGCGCCCCGCCGGGGGUCCCCAGAAUCACUAUCAGUGACCCCUGAGGAGCGUCAGCCAUGCAGGAAGGGCCCAGCCUCACCUACGCGACCUGCAGUCCCCCGGCCAGCUGAGGCUCCCCUGUUAGACUUAUAAGCCUGUGGCCAUUGGCAUCCCAGCCGCUUGCCUGUCCUGCCUCCCUAGAGUUCCUUCAGAGGACUCCUGGGCUUUCUGUCCACCCCCAGCAGCCCCCAGUGCCCUUCCAAGCCAUCCCUUUAGCUGUGUCCUCCUGGUUCAAGCAGUGUUUUCUUCUGUCUUUCUCUAUCAGAAACAGUGGCUGUUGAAUGGGGCUUCUGGCCCCCUACUCCCCAAAGCUAGAGGUGGCCCUGGGCUGGUAGUUCAAAAGGUGGGGGCAGAGAAGAGGGACUGCAGGGUGGGCUGAACACUAGUCUGGAGCCUUGGGUGCCUUGCCUGGUGGUGUGUGAAAGGCCAGUGUGUGUGGCAGCCGGAGGUCACCCAGCCUGUCUCCAACUCUCCCCUCCCCUUUUUUGACACUUCCUAUUCCAGAGCCCUUGCCCACACCCUCACCUGUAUCUUCUGCCCUUGGCUGUUCUUACCUUACCAGUUCUCUCUCUCCUUUCUCUCUUCUCUCUCUCUCUCUUUCUCUCUCUCUCCCCCACCCCUUCUCUGUUUUCUCUCCAACUGCCAGCCGAUCGGGUCAGGCAAGUCCAUCCCGUCCUGAGAGCCCCAGGCCCCCCUUCGACCUCUAACCAGAUCCUUCCUAGUCCUCGGAGACCUCCCUCUCCAAGCCUGCCUGGAUGGCUGUCCUGUGACUACACAGUGCCACCCCCUAUCCCCCCCUUCAUCUGUGACUUAGUCUAUUAUAGUGGUGAGCUGACAUAUCCAGGCGUGACUCUGGUGAAACUUGUGCCCCUUCCUGUGGUAUUGCUCCUGCCCUGUUCUAUAAAUAUCUAUAAAUACAUACAUAUAUAUAUAUAUGUGUGUGUGUGUGUCUAUAUAUAUAUAUAUAUAUAUAUAUAUAUAUAUGCACGCACACACAUGGCCACACAGCUACACCUCUAGUGUGCUGAGAAUCAACACCAUGCUGUUCUUGAGGCGUCUUGUGGUCCGGUUACAAGGGAGCCCUAUUCCUCCACAUUGCCCUUCAAGUGUGUCACCUCUGAUGAACCUCCCUGUCAUACCCGCCUGUGGACAGCCAGCCCCCCUUUGCAACCUUUUCAUCCCACCCUGCCCCAAGCUUUUGGGGUGCUGUACUGACAGUUGUGUGGCUCUCUGACUGCUACCAGUGUUGCUGUUGUCUUAUGGCUGAGAAUAAAACCUAUUUCUGGACAAUGGGAAA